AUUUACACGCUUUUAUCAAACUCUCAACUGCUGACAUAACCUAAAAAUCAUCAUCCUUUCAUUUUCAUUUUAAAUGCGAUACAAAGGUUUAAAAACUUUCUCUAUUCUAUGAGAUAAACGUUCCUUGACCUUGGGGACGACUAGUCCGGUCGACUGUCCCGCCGGCCGGCAAGCAAACCGGCUACUAAACUUGAUACAUUAACAUAAACAACAUAAUAAAGAGUAGUUCUACUGUAGCAACUAGCAAACACAUUCCGAUUGCCACCCGACCGAGAAGCACGCAUAAUGAAAUCGUUCAUAGAAUAUUCGUCAAACACCGAUUUUCCUAUUGAAAAUCUACCCUAUGGCGUCUUUACAUCACCCAACAAUGUCGACAAACACAUUGGAGUGGCGAUCGGAGAGUUGAUUCUUGAUUUGAACGUUAUUUCACAUCUAUUCGAUGGACCUCUGUUGAAGUCUAAGCAGAAUGUUUUUAAGGAAGAGAAACUCAAUGCCUUCAUGGCUCUCACACGGCCACACUGGCAGGAAGCAAGGGCCACCUUACAGAAACUGCUGGAUGCUUCCAACCCAACACUGCAGAAUGAUAGUGAUCUGAGACAAAGAGCGUUCGUGAAGCAGAGCGAUGCACAGAUGCACGUGCCAGCUGAGAUCGGAGACUACACAGACUUCUACUCGUCACUGCACCACGCCACCAACGUCGGCAUCAUGUUCCGCGGAAAGGACAAUGCCUUAUUCCCUAAUUGGAAGCAGCUUCCAGUCGGCUACCACGGUCGCAGCAGUUCCAUCGUCAUUUCUGGGACUCCCAUCGCGAGGCCGUACGGACAAACUUUGCCUGUUGAAGGUGCCGCCCCCCACUUCGGUCCCUCUCGUCUCAUGGACUUCGAGUUAGAAAUGGCGGCUUUCGUUGGAGGACCUCCCACGGCCCUCGGACAGAGGGUCACAGCUAAGGAGGCUGAGGACCGCAUCUUCGGACUUGUACUCAUGAAUGAUUGGAGCGCUCGCGACAUCCAGAAAUGGGAGUACAUUCCCCUGGGUCCCUUCACCGCCAAGAACCUGGGCACAACCAUAUCGCCCUGGGUCGUCACCAUCGAAGCCCUACGGCCGUACUUAGUGGACAACUUCCCCCAGGACCCAACACCCUUCGCAUACUUAAGACAUGAUGAUAAAUUCAACUUCGAUAUCAAGUUGGAGGUCGAUUUGCAGCCGGAGAACUAUCCAGUGGCUACAACAAUCUGCAGGUCCAACUAUCGGUUCAUGUACUGGACUGUGAAGCAACAACUGGCUCAACAGACUGUUACUGGAUGUAACUUAAGGCCUGGAGACCUGCUGGGUUCCGGGACUAUUAGUGGAGAGGCUUCAGACUCCUUCGGCAGCAUGUUAGAACUAUCCUGGAAGGGUACAAAGCCCCUCAGACUUCUAUCAGGCGAAGAAAGGAAGUUCAUCCAAGAUGGAGACACGGUCACGCUCCGUGGAUACUGCGUCGAUGAAAACGGACUCCGAAUUGGUUUCGGAAAAUGCGAAGGAAAACUUCUACCUGCCAUUCCUUUUGAUGAUUGAUUCUCAACCUUAUGAAUUUUAAUUUGUAUUACAUGUUUUCGA